GUGAACACGCAUGGAGGGUUAUGUUUACUAAACCCACCCCCUCUGACUCUGACUCAGAGGCUGUUCUGGAUGCUACGGGUGGUGACCAGCUUAUUCAUCGGGGCUGUGAUCCUGGCUGUGAAUUUCAGUUCGGAGUGGUCUGUGGGCCAAGUCAGCACCAACACCACAUACAAAGCCUUCAGUCCCAAGUGGGUCAGCGUGGACGUGGGACUACAGAUUGGGCUCGGAGGAGUCAACAUCACACUCACAGGGACCCCAGUGCAGCAGCUGAAUGAAACCAUCAACUACAAUGAGGAGUUCAGGUGGCGCCUGGGUGAGAGCUACGCAGAGGAGUAUACAAAGGCACUGGAGAAGGGACUUCCAGACCCAGUGCUCUACCUGGCUGAGAAGUUCACCCCCCGAAGCCCAUGUGGCCUGUACAACCAGUACCGCCUGGCAGGACAUUAUGCUUCAGCCAUGCUGUGGGUGGCAUUCCUCUGCUGGCUGCUGGCCAAUGUGAUGUUGUCUAUGCCGGUGCUGAUUUAUGGGGGCCACAUGCUGCUGGCUACUGGCCUCUUCCAGCUGUUGGCACUUACCUUCUUCUCCAUGGCCACAUCACUCAUAUCACCCUGUCCCCUGCGCUUGGGCACUGCCGUACUGGACACUCACCGUGGGCCCGCUUUCUGGAUCACGUUGGCCACAGGACUGCUGUGUAUUCUGCUCGGUCUAGUCAUGGCAGUGGCCCACAGGAUGCAACCUCACAGACUAAAGGCUUUCUUCAACCAGAGUGGAGAGGACCCGGUGCUGGAGUGGGGCUCUGAGGAAGGGGGACUCCUGAGCCCCCGCUAUAGGUCCGUGGCUGAGAGUCCCGAGACCCAAGACAUUCCCAUGUCAGAGGCUUCCUCUGAGAUGUGUUUUAAGGAGGAACACAUCAAAGAGUCUGACUGUGCCCUUUAACACUCCUCUACUGAUGGCCACUGGAGUUUCCAGACUGGCUCCAGACCUCAUUGGAGCCUCCAUAAAACCACCAGAACAGCCCAGGAGGUGGGUUUGGGUUGUAUCAGAUGCCCAACUCCACUUAAAACAAUAGCAGAAGUUCCAAGGUUCUGAAGAGAUGUCAGCCAUGUCCAUAAACUCUGCUAUUGUGGCGAGAACACAGAGAUGGCUCGUAUUCUGCACAACCACCACCCUCUUGGAUGCUUUGUUUCUUCAAGGUCAACCUCCCUCUCAACAAAUAUUUUGGGCAUCAAGUGGUCUCUCAGGACCUAUCACUUGGUUUCUUUGGGGGGGGGUCUGGGCCCCUCCCUUUUCUUUUUCUGUUGUUUUCACAGCUUUUGUGACCUCUGGGUCUGCAUUGGAAGGAGAUCUUGUUCCAGUUCUAAUAUUAACCAGUUGUGUGCUACGUUGUCA